AUGAAGCUUUCAGUGAAGACUUUGAAAGGCACCCGGUUCGAGAUCGAAGUGAACCCGACCGACACCGUAGCCGAUGUGAAGAAAACGAUCGAAACAAUCCAGGGUUCCGACGUUUUCCCGGCGGCCCAGCAGUUGCUUAUUCAUCAGGGAAAAGUCCUCCAGGACGAAACUUCCACCCUGGCGGAUCAUCAGGUUUCAGAACAAACUUUUCUUGUCGUCAUGAACAACAAAAACAAAGCCUCCUCCGCGCGGACUGCGCCUGUUGCUCCUCAGCCAACUCAACCAGCUCCGCCACCACCUCAAGCUCCGGCUCAGGCUCAGGCUGCCGCCGCACCGGCUCCCCAGGUGGCUGUUUCCUCCGUUGGACCUAAUGCAAAUCCAUUGAAUCUUUUCCCACCAGCGCAUCCAGCUCCUCCUCAGGGGGCAGGAGUUAAUGCAAAUCCUUUGGAUAUUUUCCCACAGGGGCUUCCUGGUUUAACUAAUCAAAAUCAAAAUCAAAAUCUUCUUCUCGACAGCCAAUCACUUCAGGCUUUGCUUCCUCAGCUCCAGGGUUCGGGCCUGGGGAACAACCCUCAAUUCCUGGAGAUGAUCCAGGCGCUUCAGAACAACCCGGAAUUGAUGGGGACGCUGCUCCAGGCUGCUGGUGGUGGCGGUGGCGGUAUUGAUGGGUCACUGGACCCGAUGGAUGAGCCUUUCUACGGCGAAGACGGCGGCGCCGGGGUCUUGGCACAACUACUGGGUGGUGGUGGUGGUGGGGCAGUGCUUCCACAGCAGAUGCAGGUGGCGGUGACGCCGGAGGAAGGAGAGGCGAUUCAGCGGCUUGAAGCUAUGGGGUUUGAUCCCAAUUUGGUUGUGCAAGUUUUUUUUGCUUGCAACAAGGACGAGGCUCUGGCUGCCAAUUAUCUUUUAGACCAUAUUGAUAAUUGA